AUCACGUGGGAGAGCGGGCCAAUAGCACCGUCGUUUACAGCCGCCUCUUCUAGCCGGGGCCAAUGGGAAAGCGGCUUUCUCGGGGAGAGGCGCAGAGAGGCAGACAUGGCCCCGCCGGUGCGGUACUGCGUCCCAGGUGAGCGGCUCUGCAGCCUGGAGGAGGGCGCGGCGGGCAGCGGGACCUACACCCGGCACGGCUACGUGUGCGCCGCCCUGGCCGGCUGCCUGGCGAAGACGAGCGAGGACGGAGCGCUGCCCGUGGUGUCUGUGGUGAGAGAUGCUGAGUCCCAGCUCCUGCCAGACGUAGGGGCCAUCGUGACGUGCAAGGUGUGCAGCAUUAACUCCCGCUUUGCCAAGGUGCACAUCCUGUACAUCGGCUCCACACCGCUGAAAUCCGCCUUCCGAGGCACCAUACGGAGAGAAGACAUUCGAGCCACAGAGAAAGACAAGGUGGAAGUUUACAAGAGUUUCCGUCCUGGAGACAUAGUCCUGGCUAAAGUGAUCUGCCUGGGGGACAUGCAGUUCAACUACCUGCUGAGCACAGCAGAGAACGAGCUGGGCGUGGUGGUGGCUCACAGUGAAGCAGGGGCACAGAUGGUGCCGAUCAGCUGGUGUGAAAUGCAGUGCACCAGGACACACUCCAAGGAGCUCCGCAAGGUGGCCCGAGUGCAGCCGGAGUUCCUGCAGACCUAGCUGGCCAUCUUGAGCUGCCAGCUUUGAGCCCUGACAUGGGGGCUGCAGGCAGCCAGCCACUGCUGUCAUCCUUUAACCAGAGCCUAGAGUAACCCUGCAGGCCAGUGAGCUAGGGGCCAGUGCAUGCAGCCUGCACCUGCUGGAGCAGCCACUGGAUUUUGGAUUGUGUUAAGGCUAGCGGGGGGAAUCAGGGUCCCCUCUUUCCUUCUGCAAGUGGCACCUGCCACUGGGGCCCUGUUCUCCAGUUAGGUUUUUAAACUGCUGUGCCAUGAAUAAAUGUUUUCCUGAAGG